AUGCAACGAGGGACAAUGGAUUGCGGCAAUGAUUGGGACCGUCCUCCCAAACGGGCAAGGCUCGCAGAACGAGAGACAGAUGCUGCAAAUAGCCUGACACUAAUGCAGCAGAACACUCGGUUGGCUCCCCUGCAGAGUUUGGGGGCUCAUGCCUCAGCAUCAAACGAGUCUCGUCAGUUGGAAGGCCAACUCCCUUUGUGGACUGCUUACGCUGAACAAACCUCACAUGUCCAUUUUCCUUAUCAACAUUCAUCGCAACCACAGUCAUUGCAAAAUUUUUGGAAUGCUCCAGAAUUUGGUGCAAAUCUGGAUCAGCCGUCACAGCGACCCCCUCGAGGAUCAGGUCAACCAAGGAACGAUGGCCAUCAACCCACCGCUGCUCUGAGCUAUAAUACUCACGCAAGUCCUGCAACAGCACCAUCUAACGAAUUCUUAAGCGUUGCGGAUGACUCACGUCAAGUGGAAAGUCCUACCAUACCCUUGGGGAUCUACGAAACCAGUUCCGCCGUAGAUAUUGACGUUGAUUCUAAUCACCAAAUAUGUUGCUUCGGAAUGAUACCAGAUAUAACGGGAUCCUUUGAGUGUCUAGGCAUUCAAGCAGUUCAGUCUCCAUUCGAUGUUAACGUUGAGUCGGCACAGAAGUUUUCAUCGGAAGAAUAUCAAGUCAAUGGUCGCAUUGACACGAAACAUUCAUACAUGAUUCAAGAGCUCCUUGACGUACAUAUUAACAUCAAGGUGAUUUGUAUCGCCAAGACUACGUCAACUACGAAAAAAGCUCGCUCAAAUGUGUCUGUUCCAUGUGAGUUACAGCUUACGAUUUAUGGAGACCUAGAGCUUUUCGACGAAGUUGGAGAAUGGCUUCAGGGUUCUGAUAUCUAUCUACAAGACCCAAUGGUAUGCCACAUGGAUGUCAAAUAUUGCAAUCCCCACAGGCUUUCCUUUAUUGACAUUCACUCUUGUCCUAUGGUUUCAGAUAUUGUAAAAGGCAAGCCCGGUCUGAUGUUUCGGACUAUAUCUGAACGUUCAAGUUUGCUUGACACUAUCAGCAAUGUCAUUGACCUACAAGAAGCUCCGCAACCGCCCGCUGUGAAGUCAUCGCUAAAAAGGCAUCAAAAACAAGCACUCUAUUUCAUGUCAUGCCGCGAACAAGGCUGGGGAAACCACCACGACAUCCCAGAUAUCUGGGAAUCAGUGGACAAUGAUCGAGGGCGAAUUUAUUUCAAUAGCAUAACCGAAUUCUAUCAAUCCAAUGUGCCUCGUCAAAUAUAUGGAGGCAUCAUUGCAGAUCCCAUGGGGCUCGGCAAAACCUUGUCAAUGAUAGCCUUGAUAGCUGCCGAUUUGGACAACACCUCGACGAUGGAGAUGGAUGAAGGCUUUGAACGACCUGAAGGCGCAGUUGCACCGAGCAUCCGGGCUACUCUAGUCGUAGUACCACCACCACUAAUUAGUGCAUGGGAAGAACAAUUAUCAGACCAUCUUGUGCCUGGUUCUUUAUCGUACAGCCGCUAUCACGGCAGUGACAAAGCGGCCACGAGAACUACCCUAGAAACAGACCGACUAGUAUUGACAACUUAUCAUACUGUGUCCGCUGAGUGGAAGCAAAGUACUGAUUCGGGUGAUGCUUCCCUUUUUUCGGUACGAUGGAGGAGAAUUGUACUCGACGAAGCUCACUUCAUCCGCAAUGCAAAUUCCCGGAUGUCCCGAGCUGUUUGUGCUCUACAAGCUCAGGCUCGAUGGGCGGUGACGGGAACGCCGAUUCAAAACCGCCUAGGGGACUUGUCCAGCUUGGUCAAGUUCAUUCGCGCGCACCCAUACACGGACAUAAAACAGUUCGAUGCGGAUAUAUCGCACCUCUGGAAGUCGGGCGAGGACGAAAAGGCAGUGAAACGCUUGAAGAGGCUUUCAUCGUGCUUGGUCCUACGCAGGCCAAAGACAACAAUUGAACUGCCUCACAGAUUCGACCUCGAAUGCCCCGUGGACUUCACCGCGGAGGAAAAACAGGCUUACACAAGUAUUCAUCAGCAAGCAAUUGUUCGCAUCGACGAAGUUUUGCAGAGCAAUGGCGCAAGUUUCAAGUCCAACGUUUUUGUCAAUGUUCUUCAGCAAAUCGAGGCUCUACGCCUAUUUUGCAGUUUAGGACUCAGAUACAACACGAGGCACAGAAUUUCCGACAGUUCAAAUGCGGAGAUUGAUGACUGGAACAAAAUGGCACAGAGAACAUUUAACACGCAAAGACAGAUGGGACCCCUUCCAUGUCUCCAGUGCGAGUCGACCAUCGAUCUAACAGAAAGCAUGUAUAAUGAUGGCAAUCAGCUACGACAAGAAGGACGAUUCUUCAAAUGCCUCAAGUUCCUUUGCGUGGAGUGCACACGAAAGUCGACCUCUGUGCUCCGAUGCGGGCACAGGCCAAAUUGUCCCGCCGCAUCGGUAUCAAUGGAUAGCAACGGUUUUGAGGACACUGACGAUGUGCAUGUUCGUGCGUCUAUUGGCGGUUCUCUGCAGUUCCCGUCAAAGAUCAACGCUCUCGUGGCUGAUCUAAAGUCGCUGCCGCCAAACACUAAAUGCAUCGUGUUCUCAACUUGGAGGUUGACUCUAGAUGUUGUCGAGGCCGCAUUGGAACAGGCCCAUUUGCCCUGUUCACGAUUCGACGGGAAAUUACCCCAAAAGGACAGACAGGGCGUAGUUGAUCGCUUCAGAAAAGACAGUUCUGUCCGUGUUAUGCUACUCACCCUAUCAUGCGGUGCAGUCGGACUGACUUUGACGGUCGCUUCACGGGCGUAUCUAUUAGAGCCUCACUGGAAUCCAACGCUAGAGGAACAAGCAUUGGCGCGCAUUCAUCGACUGGGCCAAACGCAGGAGGUGACGACGGUACGGCUCUACGUACGGGAUUCAUUUGAAGAGUCAGUCCGAGAGGUUCAAAAGUCCAAGCAGCAGCUUGCCAAUGUUCUGCUAUCAUCUCAUGGGGAGGGGCAAUCUGACACCAGUCUCAGUGUCUUGGAGGAAUUCGAUGAGACUCUCCUCAGGUCACUCGACAGCUUGUCGCCUCCCAAGGGCAUAGAUGAAAUCGCCGUGGUCAAAGCACCGCAGCUAUAUGAAUUCGACCGAGAAGCCAAUGUGCAAGUCCUAGAGGACUUUACCGAUUCGGGCGGCUUCAGGCCGAUACUAUUCGCACCAGAUGCUGACGCUCUUCGCCCCCGGCCCUUGGAGAUUGGACGCCAUCUGGGAACUUGGCUUCGUUCCUUUCACGAGUGGGCUUUGGAAUCUCAGCAAGCUGGUCUCAGAACACAGCUGGGACAGAAAGACCCCGUCCGGAAGCUGAAAUGCUCUGUGACAUUUGACGUCUUUCUCAAAGUGCUUGAGACCUUUCCCGAGCUCCUCAAUGGCUACCAAGAAACACUGCAAGCUGUGCAAGCGGCCAUGACCAAGGAAUUUGCGAAACCGGCAACGGGCGAAGAUGAGGGAUGGGGACUCGUGCAUGGUGACCUCUGGUCAGGAAACAUUCUCCUCUCCAAUCCCCCAUGGCAUGAGCCGCCCCGUCUCGGUAUCAUUGACUGGGAGUUUGCUCAAUUCGGCCACCGCUCCUACGAUCUCGGCCAGAUCGUGGGCGACCUCUAUGAAAAGGCCGUCUACCUCAAAGCCGACACCAAAUCUGUGAUGGAAGCCAUCAUAAGCGGCUACGGCGUCGUAAGCGACGAUAUGGCGUUUAGAACAGCCAUUUACGUGGGCGUUCAUUUGAUCGGCUGGCAUCACCGACGACCCCGCACUGCGCCGCCCGUGGCACCAGAAGUCAUUACAGCGGGUCUGAAGAUUGGGAGAGAUUUCAUUUGCAAGGCAUGGGAAAAGGACAGACACUUUUUCGAAAGCACCGCAUUGAAAUCGCUGUUUACUCCAAAAUGA